AGCUCCAUAUCUCCAUUCAAACGGCCCCGUUCUUCCAGGUCCUUUGAUUUGCAUCCUGUCUAGCAAGUUGUAAACUCCUUGAUGUCAUGCUUCUGAUAUAUCCUUGAUAAAACUGGAUAGGUUCAUCACGCCAAUGAAAACUAACAAACUGUCCUCUGCUGGAGAAUCCAAACUACCAUCAACUCAGAUCAGUCCCUGUAGGACAAAGCUAUCUGCACGUUAUCCUUUCCAACAUCAAAGGAAAACUUAUAAAGAAUAUUUUGGUGGUCCUCCUUGCUUCAAAUAUUCGACUGAACAUGUAUUAGAUGAUGUGAAGCUCAUGGAUGCAAAAAGAGCUGAGAGGUACAAGUUUCAGCAUACGGGUACUGGGGCUGAAGAGUUUCAGAAGAUGCUGCUCGCGUGUGGUGCUUCAUUGUCAUAUGCAUCUAAAGAAUGGGUCAGUAACCACUAUAAAUGGAUUGUGUGGAAACUUGCUUCACUCGAAAGAUGCUACCCAACUAGAACUGCUGGUCAGUUCUUGACUGUUGCCAACGUUUUUGAGGAGCUGAAGUACCGGUAUGACAGAGAAGUGAACCAUGGCCAUCGGUCAGCAAUAAAGAAAGUUUUAGAAGGGAAUGCUUCACCAUCUUUGAUGAUGGUCCUGUGCAUUUCAGCUAUUUACUCUUGUCCUAACCUAAAUAACAAUAAGUUGGAGGUUGACAAGGCAGAUACUAAUGAAGACAGCAAUGACAAUAAAAGCUUGCCAGCUGCUAAUAGAAACAUGUCUGUGAAAAUUGAAUUAACUGAUGGAUGGUAUCCACUUGAUGCAUCAUUAGAUACGGCACUUUCAGAACAGCUGGAGAAAAGAAAGCUUUUCUUAGGACAGAAGCUUCGGAUAUGGGGAGCUUCCUUAUGCGGGUGGUCUGGGCCUGUGUCGUUCCAUGAGGCAUCUGGUUCUGCCAAAUUAAUGGUCCAUAUAAAUGGCACCUAUCGUGCAAGAUGGAAUGAGACCUUGGGAUUCUGCAAGCAUGUUGGACUUCCACUGGCAUUCAAGUGCAUAAAAGCUUCCGGUGGUAGAGUUCCUAAGACACUGGUUGGAGUCACAAGGAUAUAUCCUGUUCUGUACAGGGAAAGGUUGCCUGAUGGUCGCUCUGUUGUGAGAUCUGAAAGGAUGGAAAGAAAGGCACUAACACUGCACCAGCAGAGUGUAUCUAAGAUCGCAGAAGAUAUUCUGUUUGAACAACAAGAAAACUGUGACAGUACAGAUGAUAACGAGGAAGGGGCUAAAUUUUGCAAAAUGCUAGAGCGUGCAGCUGAGCCUGAUGUUAUAAUUGCAGGCAUGACUUCAGAGCAGUUGAUGCAUUUGUCAUCUUAUAAAGAAAAACGAAAGGUGGUUAUGCAAAAUGAAGUAGCUAAGAAGGUUGAAAAGGCCCUCGAAGUAGCUAACCUUAGUUCAAGAGAUGUUACACCAUUUUUGAAAGUGAGGGUGAUGGGCCUUGUCAGUAAACUUUCUGCUUCAAAAGCCAGUAGCAAGGAAGGGCUAAUAACAAUUUGGAACCCUACUGAGAUGCAGAAAGCUGAUCUUGUGGAGGGACAAAUUUAUUCUGUUACGGGAUUGGUGCCUUCGAACUAUUGUACUGAAACCCUCUACUUGCAUGCUAGAGGAUCAUCUACGACAUGGAGGCGCUUAUCAUCAUCUCAGACCACAGAUUUUAAAUCAUUUUUCAGCCCUCGUAAAGCAAUUGAACUGUCAAAGUUUGGUGAGGUGCCGCUUUCAAGUGAAUUUGACAUUGCAGGUGUUAUUUUGUAUGUUGGCAAUAUUUAUUUAUGUAGCAACCAGAAAAGGCAGUGGCUCUUUUUGACAGAUGGAUCUAAAUUUAUCUCUGAACAAAAGUCUGAAGAGCGAGAUUGUCUUCUAGCAGUUAGCUUUUCUUGCCCAACCACUGGCGAAGACUCAGCAUUAUUUAGUUAUGCCCUCUCCGGAAGUAUAGUUGGUUUUAGUAAUCUGGUCAAGCGACAGAAAGACCAGAUGAGGCAAAUAUGGGUAGCUGAGGCAACGGAGAGCUCUACCUAUACUCUUUCCCAUGAGAUUCCUAAAAAAUCCCACCUUAAAGAAGCUGCCACUUCUGCUGAGAGAUGGGCUUCAAUAUCUUAUCCUAAAAUUCAAGAGCUAAAAGAAAGGGUUUUAUGUAUAGUUGGCGAUAGUGGUGUCUGAAUCAUAAUAAAUGCUGCUGCCUGCUGCUUUUGCAAAUGAUGAAUUUGUUUGGGAGUUCUUCAGCUUUAAUAUUUCUCACUGGCGAUAGUCACUGGUGGUUGGAGGCAGUGUGUUCAAGUACUGGACCAAGAUGAAGCUUAUGCCAGUGGGAUGUUCGUCUGUCAGUAUGAACCGAUGGACAAGAGAACGAACAACUACGUUAAACGCUGCACGGAAUGCAAGUGACAAGGAGAGAGAUGUUUCUUCAGCAGGGCUUGCUAUUUGGGGCAGGACAGAUCAGAGAACUCAACGAGCAGGGGAGGUUUCUCCGGACUCACAUGAGCACGCUUGCCACUCAAGAUGAAAUCAUCCUCAUGGAGUUUGAGCGUAGUUGGUGCUCCUUUCUUGCCAAGGAGCCUUGUGCAGGCCUGUCGCGUUCAACACUCAACUGCUGUCUUGUGCUGGGAUCUGGGGGCUGCCAUGUCUUUAUGCUGCCCAGGCUUACAUGAGCAACACAUUGUAAGCAAGUCCCUAUCCAGGCUCGUUUAUAAUUAGCUGGUGUACGAAUUUCUAUUUAAUUUGAUUUGUUCUA